CACAUUAACUGGACUCACGGAAAAUGGAAGAAAAACGUCGCAUAAGCGUUAAACAACCGAUUUUACGAAUAAAUCAGCUUUUUUAUUUUACCCCUUAAUAAUAAUAUUUGCGCAAUAUUCCUCUCGUCACUUUGAUAAAAAAACAUUAUAUUCGAUCUGUACGCAUAAUGACCACCACAGCCAUAAACACAGAGCCCAAUACUCCAGACAACCAGCAGCAGCAGCUCGCCCGUAUCAAGUUUCGAGUCAGUGACGGGCGCACAAGCACAGGCGAGUUUGAUACAAACACAACCCUAUCCGAACUGCGCACGUUCAUCGAGUCCAAUCUGAACAUGUCCCGCAACAAUACCGAGAUAUCACAAAGAAUCCCUGCACAAGUGUUUGACAAAGAAUCAGACGCAAGGACAUUAAAAGAUCUUGGACUGACUCCCACCGCAACCCUGCUUUUGUGUAAUUGGGAGCAGAGACGCCAGGAAGCAGUGAAGGAAAAAGAAAUCCCUAAACCAAAGCCAAAGGCCUUGGAUGACGACGAUUUGGUGAUAGAGGACUAUUGGAAUGUUGUUAAUAGUAAAACGUAUCUUUACGUUUAUGCAGCCGUUAUUGUUGCUCUGGGAAUUGCGUUGACGUUGUUCUUGACUCCGAGCAAAAAGGAUUCACCAUAAAAAUGUUUUAUUGUGGUGACUGUCGGAGAAAAUAUUUGUUGAAGGGCAGUAGCUAACAGCUGCUGGUUCAAAUCUCGAACAUUGUGUUUUUUGGUCAACCCCACAACCUAGAAGAAUCCAAUGCCGAUAAUCUCGCAUUUUACAUUUGUCUUGUCUGGAUAUUUCUAAGACCUAAGAAAGGCGUCAUCAUUGUCCUUUUCCCCUCUUUUUGCAUUUUUUUAUUUUUCAAUUGAAAGUUUU